UUCUCGGUGGCAGCACACGAAAUAGCGCGGUGGCGGCGCGAUGUAAAAUUCGUGUCAAACUAUUUAAAACGAUCCCAAGAAAAAAAACUCUGCAUCUAUCUGUUUCCUCUCCGCGUGUGUAAAAAUGCUCAUAUUUUCCAGUGCUAUUUCAUAGAACUUUUCCUCUGGCAUGGUGUGAGAUGGAAAAGUGAUAAUUUGAUCACGGUCCGACGAGAUCAAUCAACAACACUCCGAGGAGAACGGACACAAAUUGAGCACCGAUUGUUACGCUGCGCUGUUUACCGUGAAAAAAAAGGGGAACCAAAAAGCAUCACUAUCUUCCCCCACAGACUGGAAUACGAGCGUGAGGCGUGUGAUGAACUAGUAGUAUCCGCAAGCUUGCCGGAGGAGCGUUUAUGCAUCUGAUUGGGGUGACAAAAUAUGGAGUGAGAAGCUUAUUCUUUCAUUCCUCGAGUUCAGAAGGAUACCGAACACGUACUUGCAAGCUGAUGGAUGCAAUGCUCUAAUAAAAUGCUCUGCUAUGGCCCUACGAGGUUGGCGACUCUUCGGGUUGGCCGGUACCAUCCUGGUGUACAUCGCCGGUAUACUAUUCCUAUCGUUCGUCAGUUUGCAGAAUCCACAGCAGAAGCGUAACCACGCCAGAGGUUAUGGCGAGUUUGAAACCCUGCGCACACGGGACCUGGGACUGCUGGGCAAAAAACCACCACUGCAAUGGUGUAGCGAGCUGCGCUACAUGGACAGCCCCAGGCCGGAUCCGAAGCCCAUCAAAUUGCUACAAACCUUCCCUGGACAUUUUGUAAAAAAGGUCCAAACUCGUAACUUCAAACUGGACGAGUCCCGGAUCGUUCACGAGCAACAACAGCAGCAGCAGCAGCAGCAACGGCACAACGAUGUCAGUCGCAACAACAAACGAACAGCGACCGGAGCUGAGCAUUCGUCGUUUUCGUCGCAAUGGCCUAAUAGUAACAACAAAUUUAAUAGUAAGAUAGCAGUUAGUGAUAUGGUAGCAAGUGAUAAACACUCGCCGGCUCAGAAGUCUUCCAAUCGGGAGCUAACAGCACUGGUAUCCUUCCCUGGUAGUGGAAACACGUGGCUGCGGUAUUUGUUGCAGCAAUCGACGGGGAUAUAUACUGGCAGCGUGUACAAAGAUUACGGCCUACUCAAAAGUGGUUUUCCUGCGGAAAAUAUAGCCAAUUCAUCGGUCCUCGUGGUAAAAUCGCACGAAUGGGGUCCAAAUGCAUGGGCUCCCUUUGCGAAAGCCAUCCUCCUGAUCAGGGAUCCCGAGAAGGCUAUACUAGCUGAAUUUAAUCGUCAAAGCGGAGGACAUGUAGGCUUUGCUUCCCCAGAUCGUUACCGACGUACCAAAGGAAGAUAUUGGACACAAUUCGUCAAAAAUAAACUGUGGGCCUGGGAACAGACCAAUCUAUCCUGGGCGAAAAAUUUCACCGGAGAAGUUAAGUUGGUUUUCUACGACGACCUGGUGGAAAACGUCGAGGGAACUCUUCGCAGUAUUCUGAAAUUUCUUAGAUUUCCCAUCAAUGAGGAGAUGCUUGCUUGUGCGUUGAUGAGAAAGGAAGGAAUUUAUAGGAGAAAGAAACGAAUCCUGCAGUUUGAUCCGUACAGUCCCGCAAUGCAUGCGAUGAUCGACGAGAAGCGUGCCGAGGUGUACGCUGCCCUUGGACGUUUCGUGUCCAACUAAACAAAGCUAGUCGUACCGUAUGGUUGGAAUGAUAAAAAAUCAGGUUCAAAACAAAACAAAUUCAAAUUCGGCAACCGAUCUAGUCAUUAAUUUUGGUCUUCGCUUCAUAGUUUGCUAGUGCGAAACAUUCGAAAGUCUCCCAUUGUUUUAGAUUUCUUUUCGAUAAGAGUUUCCAAUGCUUCCAAAAUUCGAACAAAACAUUAUGAAUAAAUAUUAGCUUUUUUUUAGUAAAAAGCAUGAAAACAAAUAUGAUUGAUAUUACCCAGAAGUACUCGCGUAAACACGAUAAUUAUGUAAGUCAUCCAUAGUAAUAUUUAUGUAAUUUAUGACACGUAAUUCGUAGGUAUUAAUUAGUCCGUAUGAACUAACAGACUGCAAGUCUUACGAGUCGUAAGAAUCUCGUCUAGUCAGCAAAUCAACAACUACAAGAAACAAUAAAUUGCCAGAGAUAGCCGCAUCAACCAGAUAUCUAUAUAGUAGUGUAUAGACAGUUUGUGGAACUUGUAAGACUUUUAGAAAAUAUGUGAACAGUUACUCAAACUUAGGAGUGUAGAAGUUUUUUGCGACAAAUACUGUACACGAGCAUACAAAAGUAGUGAAAUUGUUUUUAAAAUGUUUACAUAACCGUCAAGCAGAUGUUUGUUACUACAGCAAGCACAAACACGAGUGGCAAUAAAUAGCUGUGUAUUGUAAUGAAGUGUAAUCAUUACACUAAAUUCACAACAUUACAGUGGAAUUUUGUUUUACGGAUCACACAUCGCGCUCAGCGUCCUUUUUGAAUUUAUUUAUUCUUACAUUUUGUUUUUAUCAAAGCGAGGAAAUAAAACGUGUUUGUUGCUUAUCAAAAGUUUCAAUUCGAUGAUCC